CUCGGGAUAGCUUCAAUAGAUCAGUUGUCAUAAAAUGUCGACGACUUAUAUUAUUCUGUUACCGUUUCUCCUCACUUGUGCUAUAGCUAGUGCGGCAGAAUGCGAAAACGCAACAUCACUGUCCCUCAUGAUCGACUCGCUCCUCGCAACGUACGAUCGGGACUCCCCCCCCGACUCCAAAAUCGUAGUCAACCUGACCCUGCAUUUGAGACAUGCUAACAUUCGUGAGUCCGAGUCCACCGUGCGAAUACAGGCAGAUCUUCAAAUGAAUUGGAUCGACAAACGACUGAGUUGGAACGCAGGGGAGUGGGGCUGCAGCACUUGGCUGGUGUCCUCGGAACGCUUGUGGAGGCCUGACGUGGUACUGCUAAACGCGGCUGCAACCACCGCCGGGGACUACGCUCUCCGCGCCCGUGUAUCUAAUAACGGCUCCGUCUCCUGGAUAAAGCGCUUGGACAUUAGCACUCCAAUUUCUAUGCAGUUAGACAAUUGGCCCAACGACAUGCAGACUUGCACGUUCAAGUUCGGUUCUAGGAUGCACAAUAGUGACGAAAUGGAUUUCGUGAUUGACAAAAGAAUAUACAGUAUGUUCGAGUCAGGAGCGUGGGAUGUGACGGCUCUGUCCAGUGCGGUGCAGAGCCAGGACCGUGGCGAGGUGGAAGCUCGCGUGGCAAUGUUCCAGAUGUCUUUCCGGAGACGCGCCCCGGCACACGCGCUGGCGGCCGGCGCCGUGUUCGCCGUGGUGCUCCUGCUCCUGCUCUCCGCGGCUGCCUUGCCGCCUGCCACUAGACCACCACUAGCCGCGGUUUCCGCGUUCAUCUCUAUAUUAUGGCAGAUGUCGGUGUCGAGCCGGCUGGGCGAGGCGGGCAGCGCGCCGCGGGUGUCGCGCGUGCAGGCGGCGGCGGCGGUGUGCGCGGCGGCGUGCUGUGCGGCGGCGGCGCUCGUGUGUCGCGUGCAGCGCUGCCGCCGCGCGCCGCCCCCGCCGCUCCGGAGCCUCAUCUCCAACCUCUCUAAUACUUGUGACCUCACUCCACUACCGGAGUGGUCGUGCGAGCAGAGCGCGUGGUGGGGCGCGUGCGGCCGCGUGCUGGACCGGGCGCUGCUGCUGCUGCUGCUGCUCGCGCUGCUGCUGCUCGUGCUCGUCUACUGCUUCUGACCAGCUCCUACCCGAUCCUUCUACAAUCUAAGGGAUCCAUACUGCAGCCACGACCGCGGAUGGAAGUGCCGUGCUCCUGGGACGUAAUAUUAUAAAAAGCGCACUUAAACAAUAAACUCUAGCUGCGAAAUAAACGUAAU